GUAUCGGGUGACUUUUUGGCCACACACACAAUGUAAGUCUCAUUAUCAGUUUUGGGAUAAUUUAAUGUCAUUAAAUGAAACCUAUAUUGUGACCUAUUAAAUGUUCAGUACUCAAAGCUUUUAGUCGGAAACAUUUUUUCCGAAUAAUUUUGGUCCUGUGAAUUGUUUUCGGGGCUGUAAGAGGUGGACAUAUUGGUAGAGAAACGAUGUUUUUUUUAACCAAUUUUUAACAGACUGCUGAUAUCCAUGUGCUGAAGAGAGAUUGCAGAAGAGAAGAGUUUUGUUGUUGAGAUUGUAAGAUCGUAAGAUGGUGAGAGCUGUGUGUGGAUGCCUGAAUGUUAAAAUUCACAUUAGGGGUGAACUUGUCAAUUCCCCUUUAUUUCAUACAGAUGACCUUGAAUUUGAGGAGUCACAAGAUGAAUUUUUUCAGCAGGCUCCCAGAGAGGUGAUAGUUGAUACUGCUGGAGUUGGGAUUGAACAUGCUUUUUUGGUAGAGUCACGCCAUGUUGGAAACUGGAAUAUAUUUCACUGUAUUUGCUGCAAAAUGGAUACCCAUGCAGUACCUGAUUCCACUCGCCUACCAUUCUUGCUAAACCCCAUCCUUGUGGUUGAUCCUAAUCAAAUCUUGAAACUGCAACAAACUGAAAGAUUUUCUUCAGUUUACAAUGUUGUUCUACCCUGGCUUGGAAACUCUGGACCAACUUCUCCAAGAAACUUCCCAGACAAAGGAUCCCAAGCAGAUCAAAUUGCUGCCACCAUUCAACAAAUGAUGUCUAGUUAUUUGAAAAAGGAGGAAGAAACGGUAGAGGCAAAUAUCCUGAGAUAUACUGAGCAACAGCAAGCAAGUCUAUUGGCCUUAGAGACCCGAGUCAGACAGGAUCGGAAUACACUUUUAUUGUUACUUGCUCAAAAAGAAACACCUAUAGGGAAGAAAAUGCAGUCAUUGAGCCUCAACAGGAGCGAAGUCACUCCUCCCACUACACCCACUAGAAUUGGGUCGUUUAAUUUCACUUCUCCAACCAAAGAAAUUCCUGCUCCGCCUUUUAAACGCGGCUUUUCGACUAAUCCUGAUGACGAUAUCUUCGAAUUUGACCCAGAUUAUUUGGACAAUCGAAAUCCUUUUGAUGACACUUCCGAUCCUGAUAGUGAAGAUUCAUGUUAUGCUGAAGGAAUGAAUAUACCCGGUCGUCAGCCUUUGAGGUCAGACGAUGAUAGUGCCUUGGCCAAAUCCCUUCCUAUGCGAGUACCUGCUAUGUCAAAUUAUCGUUCCCAGGACAUAGAUAUUGAAGAAGAUAAAACUCCCGUCAAUCCGGAAGAAAUGGCAGCCUCCAUUAAAGCUAUAGCGCGAAGCGUGCAUGGAGGCUCAGAUUCUUUUUGGGACUUGCCUCGUCCGAGGUUAAACACUUUACACUGACGAAUGAAGCAAAAUUUGCCAAUUAAGCUUUGCAUCCAAGUACAGACUGUGUUUUCAAUGGAUCUGUACUGACGUCGAUCUUUUCUCUUGCAGCUGCUUAUAUCUGUUCGUUUCUUGUCUCUUGCAACCAGGUCAGAAAUUUUUUAAAGUUUGUCUCGAUUCAUUAGAGGAAAAAAAUGUUUUGAGUUCAUGCAAUGUAAGAAAAUGGUUAAUUUCAUGUUGAAGAAAUACACUCAUUUUGUGUGA